AUGUCGGUCUAUUCGGACUCACGGCUGUCGCUGGAUUCUUUUGCUCCAACUUCCAGAGCUGGUAGCAUACGUCCAAGGGUAGGGAGGCCAACUACCACAACCACCAGCGUUGCUUCCCAGGAUCUCAUCUGCGCCGUCAGUGAAUCGCGGGGCGUCUCAUCGACUGUUGGUCUCGCAUUUGUCAAUCUUGCGACAGCUGAAGCAGUUCUCUGUCAGAUAUGUGAUAGUCAAACCUACGUCAAUACAAUUAUCAAGAUCGGUGUUUUCGAACCCAGCGAAAUCCUUUUCAUGAACACUGCCAAAGAAUCCAAGCUUCGAUAUAUCAUCCAAGAAAACUUACCCGACCCAAUCUUCACUUUCCUAGACCGCCGAUGCUGGUCUGAGAAGACGGGCCAUGAGUAUGUGGACCGAUUGGCCUUUCCAGAAGAUGUCAAUUCGCUCAAGGUGACCCUGGGUGGGAACUAUUUUGCAGCGUGCUGCUUUGCCGCAGUUCUUAAGUAUGUCGAGAUUGAACUCCAGCGGUCUUUCACAUUGCAUUCACUACGCAUCCGAUUCGAACCAUCCCAAGGGUCGAUGACGAUUGACUUGGCGACUAUCGUGUCCCUCGAGCUCAUCCAGAACCUGCAGAAUGCGAAAUCGCGAGAAAGCUUGUAUGGGCUGUUGAAUGAGACACUAACACCUAUGGGGGCAAGGCUGCUCCGAGCUAGCAUUUUACAACCUUCAACUGAACGAGUCAAACUGACAGCCAGGUACAAUGCCGUGGAAGAUUUGUCAACCAAAGAAGAUAUGUUUGUCUCUGUGAGACAGGCUCUUAAGGGUUUCAUCGAUGCAGACAAAGUUUUGACUGCGAUAAUCCUGGUUCCCACCAAGCGGACAAUCCAAUACGUCGAACAGUCUGUCAACUAUGUUAUCAUGCUCAAAACUUAUGUUUCAGCAAUCAAGAACAUCUUUCGAGCGCUUGCAACAGCACAGAGCGAUUUGUUGCUUACCAUACGCGAAUUGUGUGCCCCUGAGGGACAUCGUGCGAUUGAAGAGCUCAUGGAAACGACAUUGAAUGAUCAUGUCACUUACCAAACGAAGCCACUUGAUCUAAGAAACCAGCGCAUUUACUGUGUCAAGGCCGGUGUCAAUAGUCUCCUCGAUGUAGCCAGACAGACCUACAAGGAGGCAAAUGCAGAUGCCACCGAGCUCAUCAAGAACUUGUCAGAUAAUUGUGACAUUGUUCUCGAUUUGAAGUAUGACACAGCCCGUCAAUACUACAUCUGCAUCCCUGCGACAGAGCCUGGUCCCCUACCCCAUGUCUUCAUCAACGUCUAUCGCAAGCGAAAUCGCAUUGAGUGCCAGACACUGGACUUGGUCAAACUCAACCAGAAGAUCACUGAUGCCCACAGUGAAGUGAUCAACAUGAGCGAUCGCACCAUUCAGGAUCUCCUUUGCGACGUUUGCGACCAAGUAUCCGGACUCUUCCGAGUCAGCGAAGCAAUAGCAAUGCUAGACAUGCUAGCAUCAUUUGCCCAACUAGCAACCAGCCACGAAUACAUCAGACCAGAGUUAACAGAGACACUCGCCAUCAAAGCAGGACGUCACCCAAUCCGAGAACAGAUUCAUCCAAGCAAGUUCAUACCGAACGACGCAUAUGCAACCCCACAAACCCGUUUUCAGAUCGUCACAGGCUGCAACAUGGGCGGCAAAUCCACUUACAUCCGUUUCCUAGCUCUAACGACAAUCAUGGCCCAGAUUGGUUGCUUCGUACCCGCGCAAUAUGCCUCAUUCCCAAUCUCCCACCAACUCUUCGCCCGCGUCGCAGCUUCAGACGAUCUAGACGCAAAUGUCUCCACAUUCGCAGCAGAGAUGCGUGAAAUGGCAUUUAUCCUGCGAAACAUCCAGCCACGAAGCAUGGUAAUAAUCGACGAACUAGGCAGAGGAACCAGCACGACAGACGGACUCGCCAUCGCAGUCGCCCUAUCUGAAGCCCUCAUCUCAAGCAAUGCUCUAGUCUGGUUCGCCACCCACUUCCACGAUCUGGCACAGAUCCUCGCCGACCGCAGCGGCGUCAUAAAUCUCCAUCUAGCAGCGGACAUUGCCCCUGGUGCCACCAAAAUGACUAUGCAGUAUCGUAUCGCCGAAGGCCCUUCCCAGAUCGUCGAUACGCUCACUGACCUCCCACCUGCUGUUCUGGAGAAAGCACAGUCCGUCUCAGAGGCGGUAGAUCUGCUCGCUCUGCGCCGAAAUAGUUCAUCGCGUGCUGUGGCCAUUGCCCAGAAACGGAAAUUGCUUCUUUCACUGUGGGAACAACUGUUUCUUGCUCGUGAUGGUACUAUGGACGACGGCGCUCUUCGCUCUGUGCUGAUCAAACUUCAAGAUGAUUUUGUCAUGCACAUGUCUGCUAUUAACCAAGAGAUGGGGAUGCACCCUGACAACGAAAGUGUGACUGAUGCUGAUGCUCGUGCUGGACAUGUUUCCUAUGUUUCGGCUCAUACCCGUGAAGCCCAGGUGUCAGGCUUCAGUGAAGAUCGCGAUGAAACGGAGGAUACUCAUGCCACUGAACCCAUCGUUAUCGACUCUGGGUCUGAGAUUUGUUCCGAGUCUGAUCCUGUCACUGACAAUGACAGUGAUAGUGUCGUGCUUGUUUCAACGCACUUCAAUUAA